AUGGACAGCCCAAACUGUGCAGCACAGAACCUAACAGACCACUACAGUAUGUGGGACGUGGAGAUGGACAUUGAAUAUUUGUAUGAAGUCGUGCCGCAGCUGUCGAGGGUUUUCAGAAUCACCGACAAAAUUGGCGAAGGCACAUUCAGCUCAGUGUACCUGGCUGAGGCCCAGAUGACAAGUGGUGCCAGAGAGAAGUUUGCUUUGAAACACCUUAUACCUACAAGCCAUCCUGUGCGCAUAGCCGCUGAACUCCAGUGCUUAACGGUUGCAGGGGGUGUAGAAAAUGUGAUGGGAGUCACUUACUGCUUCAGGAAAGACCACCAUGUGGUAAUUGUCAUGCCUUAUGUGGAGCACCAGACCUUUGUGGAUAUUGUUGGCUCCCUGAGUUUUGAAGAACUGCGUCAUUACAUGUAUAACUUACUCAAAGCCCUAAAACACAUUCACAAGUUUGGAAUAAUCCACCGAGAUAUUAAGCCGACCAACUUUCUGUACAACCGCCAGGAGAAGAAAUAUGCACUGGUGGAUUUUGGCUUGGCUCAGGGAACUCCGGACACUCAGAUAGAUCUGCUGAAGGUUGUGAAGUCUAAGCCUCAGAGGGGUGGUGGAUCAGCAGUUAAAACACAGGAUUCACUGGGGAAACAGUCAGUUGUACCUUUACCACCAAACAUCAGGCCCCCUGCACCUCACUCCUCAACAAAGGCACCAGCUAAAAGACCCAGCCCACCCACGCGCACUAAACCCACUAAGGAGCUGAUGGGACUUUGUAAAGCACCUCGUUCUGUAUUUGGGGAAAGAAAUCUUAACAGUAUAAACCCUCUUAAGAGCAAAAAUGACAAAGCAGAGAAGCUCUUAAAGUCUACUGAGACGGUAGAUUCCUCUACGCGCAAGUAUGUGUCUUCGAAGCGUCGCCCUCCUCCAGCGAAAGCAUCAGCAACCAGUCAGAAACCGAAACCCGCUGCCGUGGUCAGUCAGGGCCUCACCUGCAACUGCUACAUGACUGAUCGUAUUUGUAACAUCUGCCUCUCUAGGAAACAACAGGUGGCCCCAAGGGCUGGCACUCCAGGUUUCAGAGCCCCUGAGGUCUUGACCAAAUGUCCUAACCAGGGAACAGCCAUUGACAUGUGGUCAGCGGGUGUCAUCCUGCUUUCACUCCUGAGUGGCAGGUAUCCGUUUUUCAAAGCCAGUGACGACCUGAUGGCUUUAACACAGAUCAUGACCAUUCGAGGAUCUGAGGAAACCAUACAGGCUGCCAAGAAGUUUGGCAAGUCUGUGGUGUGCAGUCGGGAGCUCCCGCGGCUGGACCUGAGGACGUUGUGCGAGACUCUGAGGGGUGUUCGGCCGUGCGGAGAGGAUACGCUUCCUGCAGAGCUCCAGGCGUCCCGUAAUCCAGCAGACAUCCAGCAGGACCCUGCCAGCCCGCCCAGGAAACGACCCAGUCAGGGCUCCCCUGCCUCAGCUAAAGACUCCACACAGUCCGGGGCCUCCGGCUGGGACAGUGUGACUGAUGAGGCUUAUGAUCUCUUAGACAGACUCUUAGACCUGAACCCAACAACCAGGAUCACUGCAGCCGAGGCCCUUCUACACCCGCUCUUUAAAGACAUGAGUGUUUAA